CUCCUUUUUUGUUCAUCUGAAACAUAAACCAACAAUUCAAUCAAUUUUAUUUCAACUCCAAAUCUUGCAAAUUUAUAAUGUGGCCAAACAAUAAACUCUUGUUUUUCGUCGUUAUUUUGUUCACCAUUUCCUGCUUCAAGUUAAGCUAUUGCACUACUGUUCGAAACAUUAGUGGCGGCAAUAUUAAUCGUGUAUGUCCCGAAAUCGAAAAAAAAGCCCUCCUAAGCUUCAAAGAAUCUUUUGAAGAUCCCUCCAAUAUUCUCUCUUCCUGGAAUAUUUCCGCUGAUGUUAACUGUUGCAACUGGAAAGGUGUUGUCUGCGACAAAAUAACCGGCCAUGUUCAUCAACUCCGUCUUCAAGGCUUACGUGGCAAUUUAAAUCCUUCUUUGGUCAAUCUGAAACAUCUCAGAUAUCUGGAUCUCAGCCAAAAUGAAUUUGUAGAAAGAGUACCUUCUUUCAUUGGCUCAAUCACAAGCUUAGAGUAUUUGGAUUUAUCUAAUGCUGGAUUUAUCGGAAUAAUUCCCGAUAGCAUUGGCAAUCUUUCAAAUCUACGCACUCUGCGUUUUGAAAACGGACUGUACGUCGAGAACCUCGACUGGCUGUCGCGGCUACCUCAGCUGGAGCACCUCAACAUGAAUUCAGUCGACCUCAGCAGCGCAUCCAGCUGGCAACAGGUCAUCAACACUCUCCCUUCUCUCGUCGAACUACACUUCAGUUCUUGCAAUCUUGACUUCAAUUCAGCUCACUCGAAUAAUAUGACUACUUCUCUAGUCGUCCUUGAUCUCUCUCACAAUAUCUUUCGAUCUCUCGACAUCCUCAAAGGGACUUUUCAACUGAGCAACCUCGGUUUUCUUGAUCUAAGCGACAACUUGUUUGAAGGUCCGAUUUCAACUGUUACCAACGACACCACCAAACUCCAGUACAUUGAUCUCUCUUCCAAUCUUCUCAACUCCACCAUUCCAGAUUCGUUCUACUCUCUGAAACACCUUGAGUACGUCUAUAUGAAUAACAACAAUCUACAAGGUCCGAUUUCAUUUGAGAUAGCAAAUCUAACAUCUCUCGCCAUCCUCGAUUUAUCUUCCAAUCAGCUUUCUGGAAAUAUACCACGAGGAGUUGCUCAUUUAUGCAAUAUUCAAAAUUUGGACUUAUCUCAGAAUAAUCUAGAAGGAGAAAUAUUCGAAAAUAUGUCAGAUUGCUUUUUAGCUUCUCUUGAAUCGCUAGAUCUGUCGGAGAAUCAACUCUCCGGUAAUUUAACCGCUCAAUUUGGAGAGUUUAAGAGUCUUAAGACCCUUAGUCUUGGCUCGAACAAUUUGUCUGGUGAAAUCCCGGCCAAUAUAGGAAAGCUCUCUUUCUUGGAAGCUCUAAACCUGACCGAUAACAACCUGUCUGGAAAUCUCCCGGAGAGCGUGGGCCAACUUUUUAACUUGGAAUAUUUUAAUAUCGAAGAUAACAAGUUGGAAGGUGUUGUGAGUAAAAUCCACUUUGCCGAGCUCACUAAACUGAAGUAUUUAUAUGCCUCUGGCAACCACUUGACGUUGAAAGUGAGCUCGAAUUGGAUUCCGCCCUUCAAACUGCAAAUACUCACGCUGGGAUCAUGGAAUUUCGGCGAAGGCGCUCAGUUUUUUCCCGCAUGGCUCAAGACACAAAAGCGGCAUAUUGGCAUGCUUAGUUUAUCUAAUACUGGAAUCUCUGGCAAUGUUCCGGCCUGGAUUUGGAAGAUCGGUCAUUUGAACCUCUCUCAUAACCACCUCCACGGCAACAUUCUUGUUAUAAGUGAGCAUACCGCUUUGUAUCAGUGCAUAUAUUUGAGCUCCAACCAAUUCAGUGGUCCAUUGCCACAAAUACCACCAAAUGCGUUCGAUUUGGAUCUCUCCGAUAACUCUUUUUCUGGAGAACUAUCUCAUUUUCUCUGCAAUGUCACGACGAAUGCGACAUACAGCCUGCAGCUUUUGCAUCUACAGGGAAACAAGUUAUCUGGAGAGAUACCAGAUUGCUGGAAAAAAUGGUCAUCGUUGACAUACUUGAAUCUAGGCAACAACACGUUGUCCGGAAGGCUACCCAAAUCCAUCGGUUUUCUUACACGAUUGAGGUCUUUGAAUCUAUACAACAACAAAAUUUCAGGGCGAAUACCUUUUUCGAUGAGUUUUUGCACAGACUUGGUGAAGAUAGACCUUGGUGAUAAUGACAUUGAUGGAGGCAUACCAACAUGGAUGGGGACUAGCCUAACAAAUUUGUGGAUUCUCAUUUUACGCGGAAACCAGUUGAGCGGUAAUAUUUCUUCGGAAAUAUGCCACCUUGACUCUCUUCAAAUUUUGGAUCUUUCAGACAACAACUUUUCUGGAAUAGUUCCUAGGUGUGUCCACAAUUUUACUGCAAUGGCUACCAAAAUAAUUUUGUCCGGAUAUAGUAUAGCAAAUCCUGACCGCUCGUACAACUCGACGAACUUUCGAGAGAGUGCAAAAGUCUCCACAAAAGGGACCGAGUACCAGUACGACACCACUCUUGCAUUGGUUACAAACAUUGACCUUUCCAACAACAAUUUGUCGGGAGGUAUCCCAGAGGAGCUGACGAGUCUAGUGGAAUUGAAGUUUCUCAACUUGUCAGGGAAUAGCUUCACUGGAUUGAUCCCACAAAGCAUUGGAGACAUGAAGCAACUCGAAUCUCUUGAUCUGUCGAGAAACUCUCUGUCCGGUGAAAUGCCAGAUAGCUUCAGAGUCAUGUCUUUUUUGAAUUAUCUGAAUGUGUCUUACAAUCACUUGAGAGGAAAAAUACCAGAAAGCACCCAAUUCAUGGGAUUCAAUGCUUCGAGCUUUAGUGGGAACGAUGAUCUUUGUGGGCCUCCAUUGACAAGCAAUUGCACCAGCUCUGGUGGACCAUUGAAGAAAGAAGAUAAUCAUGAAAGUGGUGAUAGGUCUUCUUCAAAGAUAGAGUGGUUGUAUGUGUUUGUGUCUUCAGGAUAUGCUGUCGGACUUUCAGUUUUCUGCACAACGCUGAUUUUCAAGAAGUCGUGGAGGGAAGCAUAUUAUAAGUUUAUGGAAGAGAUGUGGAACAGAGUUUAUGUGUAUUUCUACAUUAAGUGGAGAAAGCUCACAAAAACCUCUGUUUGAGUUCUUGCCAAAAAGUUUAGUUUGCAUCCACCAUUUUAUUUGGUUGUAUGUUUUGUAUCACAAAUGUAGUGGUUCGGUAUUAUAAGGUUGGGCUAAUUGAUUGUUACAUAUAUUUGCGUUUGGUUCCAUUUAUUAGAAUUUGUGAUUCAAGAACCUAUAUUAUAUUGUGUUUGAUAAAUUGAGUUCCUAUAUGA